GAUGAACAGAGCUCUGAAUUGGAAUUCAUGUUGGUUCCUACAUUGGAAAUUGAUUUGGUUUGGCAUACCCAUUUGAGAUAUCCAUAUGAUUACUUGACAUUUGUUAAGGAACAAACUGGUUAUUUAUUGAACCACGAAGAUGAUUUGGAUUCUUUGGAUGAAGAAUUUGAAAUGACCAAAACUUUCUGGAAGAAACAAUUCAAUGAAGAUUACGUGAGAACUAACCAACCAGUUGAAAAUUCCAUGACCCAAAAGGGAGAAUGUUGCAAUGUUGCCAAGGAAAAUAUGAAUAUUGAAGUAUUGUCAACUGAAUCCAUGACUCAAAAGGGUGAUUGUUGUAACAUUGCCAAGCAAAACUCCUCUCAACAAAUCAUUCCAGUAAUGAAUCAAAAGGGAGAAUGUUGUAAUUUAGCCAAACAAAAUGUAAAUAUGCCAAUUCUCCAACCAUCAAUGACUCAAAAAGGUGAUUGUUGUAACAUUGCUAAGGAUAACAUCAACAGUGAAAUUCCAACUCUUGCCAUGAAUCAAAAGGGAGAAUGUUGCAAUGUUGCCAAGCAAAACCUCAAUGGUGAAGUGCUUCCACCUUCUAUGAAUCAAAAAGGAGAGUGUUGUAAUGUUGCAAAGAUGAAUUUGAACGAACCAGUUCUUCAACCAUCAAUGACUCAAAAGGGAGAAUGCUGUAACGUAGCCAAACAAAAUAUUGAUAAAGAAGUCCUUCCAGUCGGUAUGAAUCAAAAGGGUGAAUGUUGCAAUGUAGCUAAACACAACCUUAAUGAACCAGUUCUCCAACUUUCCAUGAAUCAAAAGGGAGAGUGUUGUAAUGUUGCCAAGAAUAAUCUUAAUGGACCAGUUCUUCAACCAUCAAUGACCCAAAAGGGUGAUUGUUGUAACAUUGCCAAGGAUAACGUUAAUCGGGAAAUUCCAACUCUUGGAAUGAAUCAAAAGGGAGAAUGUUGCAAUGUUGCCAAGAUGAAUUUGAACGAGCCAGUUCUCCAACCUGCCAUGACCCAAAAGGGUGAUUGUUGCAACAUUGCCAAACACAAUGUUGAUAUGGAAAUUCCAACUCUUGGAAUGAAUCAAAAAGGUGAUUGUUGCAAUGUAGCCAAACAAAAUAUUGAUAAGGAAGUUCUUCCAGUCGGUAUGAAUCAAAAGGGUGAUUGUUGCAAUAUUGCCAAGGACAAUAUCAAUCGUGAAAUUCCAAUUCUUGGAAUGAAUCAAAAGGGAGAAUGCUGCAAUGUAGCUAAACACAAUUUGAACGAACCAGUUCUCCAACUUUCCAUGAAUCAAAAGGGAGAGUGUUGUAAUGUUGCCAAGACGAACUUUGAACGAGCCAGUUCUCCAACCUGCAAUGACCCAAAAGGGAGAUUGCUGCAACAUUGCCAAACACAAUGUUGAUAUGGAAAUUCCAUCUCUUGGAAUGAAUCAAAAAGGUGAUUGUUGCAAUGUAGCCAAACAAAAUAUUGAUAAGGAAGUCCUUCCAGUUGGUAUGAAUCAAAAGGGUGAAUGUUGCAAUGUUGCCAAACACAACCUUAAUGAACCAGUUCUCCAACUUUCUAUGAAUCAAAAAGGAGAGUGUUGUAAUGUUGCAAAGAUGAAUUUGAACGAACCAGUUCUUCAACCAUCAAUGACCCAAAAGGGUGAUUGCUGUAAUAUUGCUAAGGAUAACAUUAACAGUGAAAUUCCAUCUCUUGGAAUGAAUCAAAAAGGUGAUUGUUGCAAUAUUGCCAAGAUGAAUUUGAAUGCUGACAUUAUUCCACUCAUGAUGACUCAAAAGGGUGAUUGCUGUAAUUUGGCCAAGCAAAAUGAAAUGUUGCCAAUUCUCGAUCUUGGAAUGAAUCAAAAAGGAGAAUGUUGCAAUUUGGCCAAACAAAACGCCACUUGUGUCCUUCUCAGAGUUGGUCAUUUGGAAAUUCCAAUCCUCAAGCCAGCUUUUGCCUUUUAAUUCUUAAUAAACAUUAAACCUAUUUUGUGGCUUUCUUU